GAAGUGUCUUGUUAUUGACCCGAAGCUCGGGGGCUCGCUCUCGCUGCUGAUCCAGACAUCGCUGCUGAAGGAAUAUGGUGUAGAAUUGCGACAUCUCUCUGCAGAACAUGUUCAAACCGAAUGCUCCAAAGUGCUCUAUCUUGUCCGUUCUCAGAUGAAGUUGAUGAAAUUCAUUUCAUCUCAUAUUCAGCAUGAUCUUUCCAAAGGAGUUCAGAGAGAAUACUUUGUUUAUUUUGUCCCGCGCCGCACAGUUGUAUGUGAAAAGAUCUUUGAGGAGGAAAAGGUCCAUCAUAUGCUGUCUAUAGGAGAGUACCCCUUCUACACAUUGCCAUUAGAUGAGGAUGUUAUAUCUUUUGAACUUGACUUUGCUUAUAAGGAAUGCUAUGUUGAUGGUGAUAUGAGUUCCCUUUGGCAUGUUGCAAAGGCCAUUCAUAAGCUGGAGUUUUCUUUUGGGUUGAUACCAAAUGUGAGAGCUAAAGGUAAGGCUUCAACGAAGGUCGCCGACAUUCUAAAUAGCUUGCAAGUGGAAGAGCCAGUUAACACAGCUGAUAUGGGGGUUCCUGAGAUAAAUACACUCAUUUUGCUAGAUCGAGAGGUGGAUAUGGUGACUCCAAUGUGCUUUCAGUUAACCUAUGAAGGACUACUAGAUGAGAUUUUGCAAAUCAAUAAUGGAUCUGUGGAGAUUGAUCCCACUGUUAUGGGUGGCCAACAAGAGGGAAAAAAGACUAAGGUUCCUUUAAAUUCAAGUGAUAAAUUGUACAGGGAGAUUCGAGAUCUCAACUUUGAAGUUGUGGUUCAGGUUCUGCGCCAAAAGGCAACUUCAAUGCAGCAAGACUAUGUGGAAGUGAAAUCUACUUCACAGUCAGUAUCUGGGCUGAAGGAUUUUGUUAAGAAGUUGAACUCACUACCAGAAAUAGCGAGGCAUGUAAAUCUUGCUCAACAUUUGCAAUCAUUUACAAGUAAGCCAUCAUUCCAUGCGCGACUAGAUAUAGAGCAAACGAUCUUGGAGCUGCAAAAUUAUGAAAUAUGUUUUGAGUACAUCGAGGAGAUGAUCCACAAACAAGAGCCAAUCAUCAAUGUGCUACGCUUGCUGGUGUUGUUUUCCAUUACUAAUUUCGGGCUGCCAAAGAAAAACUUUGAUUAUUUGAGGAGGGAGAUACUCCACAGCUAUGGGUUUGAGCACAUGUCUACAUUGUAUAAUCUGGAAAAAGCCGGACUCUUUAAGAAACAGGAAACGAAGACCAACUGGCCUACCAUUACAAGAGCUCUGCAACUUAUAGUUGAUGAUACAGACACAACCAAUCCCAAUGAUGUCUCGUACAUCUUUUCUGGAUAUGCGCCUCUUAGCAUUCGUCUUGUUCAACAUGCGAUCAGAUCUGGAUGGCGUUCAAUUGAAGAAAUAAUGAAGCUGUUGCCUGGUCCUCAUUUGGAUUUGAAGAGAGGUGCUUCUACAAGCAGCUCUUCAUUUGACACAGUCCUAGGCACGCAGUCUAACCAUGACAGGCUUGUGGAUGGACGUCGUUCCCUAGCAUUAGUGGUCUUCAUUGGAGGGGUAACUUUUGCAGAGAUUGCUGCUCUUCGUUUUCUUAGUUCACAGGAAGGAAUGGGCUAUGACUUUAUUGUUGGCACUACAAAGAUGGUGAAUGGUAACACAAUUCUUGAAACUCUCAUGAACAACACUUGAGUUGAAAACAACGGAAAGAAAGUUGCAUCUCAAUCCAGCUUGGCUCUGUGAAGUCGUUCUACGUAUCUGCAUUGCUGGGAGUUAAAGUUUUGAUUGCAAGUUCACCACAGGAAAAGCACGUCAUAUUUCUAAUCUUAGGACAGAACCAAACCCUGAAUUGACUGCUUGGUCCGGUUUACCAUGUCUUUUUUUUUUUUUGCCUCCAGUCAGCUCCAAUCAGCUCCAAUUUGGCUUUGUAAGGUAUUUGACACUGGAAAAACAACGCUCAGUUUUCUGCACUUGUUAUAAUUGCAUAUCUGAAAGUACAUUAUUUUAGAUUACCAAAUUAUUGGAAUCUCAUUUGAAAGCUAAAAGCAGUAUGCAUAGAUAAUUUAUUCUGGAUUGUGUCACUUAAAGGCUAACAAAAAAAGUGAGGAGAUUUUUUGUAUGU